AAACUGACCCGAUCCGCUCGAGCCAUCCCUUCGCAGUUCCGCGCGUUGUGGACUGCGCCAUGGCAUUCUCAUCCCGCCAUGGUGGACCAUGCUCGAGUCCUGGUGCUGGGCGAUGGCGACUUGAGCUUUAGCGCCGCCCUCCACGAGAGCGCGCCAGAUUUGAGGAUGGUGGCCACCACUUUUGAGUCGCGCGAGGAGUUGUUGCGACGCUAUGCGUGUGCGCAUGAACACAUCGCCGCUUUGGAAGAGGCCGGUGCCAUAGUAUUGCACGAGGUGGAUGCCACUCGCUUGCAAACAUUCUCAGGUGGCGAUGGCACCUUUCAACGGAUCAUCUUCAACUUCCCCUACCAGGCCUUUGGGGGCAUCAAAGGCCUCCGCCGUUUGCUGGGCCAGUUCUUCGAAGGUGCUCGACUUCUCCUCAGUCUGGAUGGCUGCAUCGAGGUGGCCCUGUGUGCCGGUCAGGGUGGGACUUCUUUGGAUGGUGCUCGUGGUUGGGCAGGAUCUUGGAGAGUGCCAUUGCUGGCGGCAAGAGCACAGUUGGCGUUGAUCUGUCCGGAGCCCAGUUGGCCAAGCUGAUCUGCUGAAAAUUCACCUUUUCCUUUUUCUUUGUUUCAAGUGGAGAUGGCCUCCAGCCUAAGAGCGAUAGCCUCCAACCUGCAAGCAAUGGCCUCCAUCCCAAUUGAUCCUUAUCUAUCCAUUUGCCCAGCCUCGAC